CGAGUGUUUUUGACUCAAGCCGUUUUGGCUGAGGCAAUUUUUGUAGAGCCAGCUUGUCGACCGUGCGAGCUCGGCUCGGCCCUACCCGCGACAUGGCCCAACGCGCCUCACUCGGGGCUGCCGCUGGCCUGGCGGCCGUCGCUUGCUUGAAGCACGGCCAAUCCUUCGUGUCCUCGCAGGUUCCGCCUCGCGCCGCCUUCGAGGAGACGCUGCAGGCUUCCCCUGCGGAGGCGGCCCCCGCCCUCCGCGGCGCCGCGCACGCCCAGCAGCCCAGCCCCACGGGGGGAGCGGCAGCCCUGGCAGCGCCGGCGGCCGCCGCCGCCAUCGCCGCGGCGGUCGGGUCCAAGCGCCGCGGUCGCGCCAGCAAGCUGGCGGCCGGCCAGGCCUCGUGCGUUGUUCCGGUCCAUUCGCGCGCCAGCGUGGCCCGCCGGGCCCUGGACCAGUCGAGCCGCUACGCGGACCUCUCGCUGACGGAGGAGGACCUGAUCAAGAACGGCCAGCACGUGCUGGUGGCCUACAUCAUGAAGCCCAAGGCGGGCUACGACUACCUGGCCACUGCGGCGCACUUCGCGGCGGAGUCCUCUACAGGCACGAACGUGAACGUGUGCACCACCGACGACUUCACAAAGACUGUGGAUAACGAGGAGAUGAAGAUCGCCUACCCGACGGCUUUGUUCGACCGCAACAUCACUGACGGCCGCGCGAUGAUGUGUUCCGUGCUGACCUUGAGCAUCGGGAACAACCAGGGUAUGGGCGACUACCUGCGCCUGUUCGACGGGCCGUCGUGCUGCGUGAUCGACAUGUGGCGCAUCCUGGGCCGCGGCACGGUCGGCGGUGGCCUGGUGGUCGGCACAAUUAUCAAGCCCAAGCUCGGCUUGCAGCCGAAGCCUUUCGGCCAGGCGUGCUAUGGCUUCUGGCAGGGCGGCGACUUCAUCAAGAACGAUGAGCCGCAGGGCAACCAGACGUUCUGCCAGAUGAACGAAUGCAUCCCCGAAGUCGUGAAGGCCAUGCGCGCGGCCCAGGAGGAAACGGGGCAGGGCAAGCUGUUCUCCGCCAACAUUACGGCGGAUGACCCGAACGAGAUGAUCGCACGUGCCAAGUACAUCUUGAACCAGAUGGGCCCGAUGGCAGAGAAUUGCGCCUUCUUGGUCGACGGAUACGUGGCUGGCGGCACCGCGGUGACCGUUGCGCGCCGCAAUUUCCCGAAGCAAUUUCUGCACUACCACCGCGCUGGCCACGGCGCAGUGACCAGCCCGCAGACGCAGCGCGGGUACACCGCCUUCGUGCACACCAAGUUGUCGCGCGUCAUCGGUGCCAGCGGCAUCCACACGGGCACGAUGAGCUUUGGCAAGAUGGAGGGCGACGCUUCGGACAAGAACAUCGGCUUCAUGCUGCAAGACGACGUUGCCGACGGCCCCUACUACCGCCAGGAGUGGGAGGGCAUGAAGCAGACUACCCCGAUCAUCUCGGGUGGCAUGAACGCCUUGCGGCUGCCUGCGUUCUUCGAGAACCUGGGCCACUCGAACGUUAUCCUGACGGCCGGCGGCGGGGCCUUCGGGCACAAGGACGGGCCGAAGCAGGGCGCGAUCUCGUGCGCCCAGGGCGAGGAGUCGUGGAAGUUGUGGAAGGCAGGCACCUACGGCGACGUGAGCCUGUCGGACGGCGUCGUCGAGUACGCAAAGACACACGAGGAGCUCAAGGGCGCGUUUUUAACGUUCCAGAAGGAUGCGGACCAGAUCUACCCGGGCUGGAAGGAGAAACUCGGCUACACUGGCGAGUCCUCCGUCCAGGCAGCCAGCUUCAAUUGGCAAAAGAAGGAGUUGGCCGCGGCGUUCGUUGGCGCCAGCAAGGCUCGCAAAGCGAGCUCUGUGACGCGCCAGGCCCUGGACCAGUCGAGCCGCUACGCGGACCUCUCGCUGACGGAGGAGGACCUGAUCAAGAACGGCCAGCACGUGCUGGUGGCCUACAUCAUGAAGCCCAAGGCGGGCUACGACUACCUGGCCACUGCGGCGCACUUCGCGGCGGAGUCCUCUACAGGCACGAACGUGAACGUGUGCACCACCGAUGACUUCACAAAGACUGUGGACGCGCUCGUGUACUACAUCGACCCUGAGAACGAGGAGAUGAAGAUCGCCUACCCGACGGCUUUGUUCGACCGCAACAUCACCGAUGGCCGCGCAAUGAUGUGCUCCGUGCUGACUCUCAGCAUCGGGAACAACCAGGGUAUGGGUGACGUCGACUACGGCAAGAUCUACGAUAUCUACUUCCCGCCGCAGUACCUGCGCCUGUUCGACGGGCCGUCGUGCUGCGUGAUCGACAUGUGGCGCAUUCUGGGCCGCGGCACGGUCGGUGGUGGCCUGGUGGUCGGCACCAUCAUUAAGCCCAAGCUCGGCUUGCAGCCGAAGCCCUUCGGCCAGGCGUGCUAUGGCUUCUGGCAGGGCGGCGACUUCAUCAAGAACGACGAGCCGCAGGGCAACCAGACGUUCUGCCAAAUGAACGAAUGCAUCCCCGAAGUCGUGAAGGCCAUGCGCGCGGCCCAGGAGGAAACUGGCCAGGGCAAGCUGUUCUCUGCCAACAUUACGGCGGAUGACCCGAACGAGAUGAUCGCGCGUGCCAAGUACAUCCUGAACCAGAUGGGCCCGAUGGCGGAGAAUUGCGCCUUCUUGGUCGACGGCUACGUGGCUGGUGGCACUGCGGUGACCGUUGCGCGCCGCAACUUCCCGAAGCAGUUCCUGCACUAUCACCGCGCCGGCCAUGGCGCAGUGACCAGCCCGCAGACGCAGCGUGGGUACACCGCCUUCGUGCACACCAAGCUGUCGCGCGUCAUCGGUGCCAGUGGCAUCCACACGGGCACGAUGAGCUUUGGCAAGAUGGAGGGCGACGCUUCGGACAAGAACAUCGGCUUCAUGCUGCAAGACGACGUCGCCGACGGCCCCUACUACCGCCAGGAGUGGGAGGGCAUGAAGCAGACCACCCCGAUCAUCUCGGGUGGCAUGAACGCCUUGCGGCUUCCUGCGUUCUUCGAGAACUUGGGCCACUCGAACGUCAUCCUGACGGCUGGUGGUGGUGCUUUCGGGCACAAGGACGGGCCGAAGCAGGGUGCGAUCUCGUGCGCCCAGGGCGAGGAGUCGUGGAAGUUGUGGAAGGCAGGCACCUACGGCGACGUGAGCCUGUCGGACGGCGUCGUCGAGUACGCAAAGACACACGAGGAGCUCAAGGGCGCGUUUUUAACGUUCCAGAAGGAUGCGGACCAGAUCUACCCGGGCUGGAAGGAGAAACUCGGCUACACUGGCGAGUCCUCCGUCCAGGCAGCCAGCUUCAAUUGUACCUGCGCCUGUUCGACGGGCCGUCGUGCUGCGUGAUCGACAUGUGGCGCAUCCUGGGCCGCGGCACGGUCGGCGGUGGCCUGGUGGUCGGCACAUUAUCAAGCCCAAGCUCGGGCUUGCAGCCGAAGCCCUUCGGCCAGGCGUGCUAUGGCUUCUGGCAGGGCGGCGACUUCAUCAAGAACGAUGAGCCGCAGGGCAACCAGACGUUCUGCCAGAUGAACGAAUGCAUCCCCGAAGUCGUGAAGGCCAUGCGCGCGGCCCAGGAGGAAACGGGCCAGGGCAAGUUGUUCUCCGCCAACAUUACGGCGGAUGACCCGAACGAGAUGAUCGCACGUGCCAAGUACAUCUUGAACCAGAUGGGCCCGAUGGCGGAGAAUUGCGCCUUCUUGGUCGACGGCUACGUGGCUGGCGGCACUGCGGUGACCGUUGCGCGCCGCAACUUCCCGAAGCAAUUCCUGCACUACCACCGCGCUGGCCACGGCGCAGUGACCAGCCCGCAGACGCAGCGCGGGUACACCGCCUUCGUGCACACCAAGUUGUCGCGCGUCAUCGGUGCCAGCGGCAUCCACACGGGCACGAUGAGCUUUGGCAAGAUGGAGGGCGACGCUUCGGACAAGAACAUCGGCUUCAUGCUGCAAGAUGACGUCGCCGACGGCCCCUACUACCGCCAGGAGUGGGAGGGCAUGAAGCAGACCACCCCACUCAUCUCGGGUGGCAUGAACGCCUUGCGGCUGCCUGCGUUCUUCGAGAACCUGGGCCACUCGAACGUUAUCCUGACGGCCGGCGGCGGGGCCUUCGGGCACAAGGACGGGCCGAAGCAGGGCGCGAUCUCGUGCGCCCAGGGCGAGGAGUCGUGGAAGUUGUGGAAGGCAGGCACCUACGGCGACGUGAGCCUAUCGGACGGCGUCGUCGAGUACGCGAAGACGCACGAGGAGCUCAAGGGCGCGUUCUUGACGUUCCAGAAGGAUGCGGACCAGAUCUACCCGGGCUGGAAGGAGAAGCUCGGCUACACGGGCGAGUCCUCCGUCCAGGCAGCCAGCUUCAAUUGGCAGAAGAAGGAGUUGAGCUGAUCGUUUCAAGAUCCAUGUUGGUCGUGCGCAUUUGAUUCAAAGGUUUUAGUAAUUCAGUUUCGAGGGCAUUUUGAGCGCUCUGUUUUGGCAUACCAUUUUUCGAGUCGGCCUGCUUGCUCUGGGCAAGCGGCUGGCUAGCACUCAAGCCGUGUCUCGUAGGGCUAGCGUUGUAAGCAUGUCAGCGACCUGUGUGCAACGUGCACAGUUGUCGCGUCACUUCUUACAGUCAGGCAAGAUUUCGCACAACCCUUUUGACGACUGUCCAGCCAGCUUCGUAUUUGACGCGACGAGUGCAAGUCAGACCUCCAAUGGGGCGGGCGUUUGCCAGAACAAAAAA